AUGUCCGCGGGGGGGGCUCUGCCUCCGGUGCCCGUGGGUGCCAGCCGGAGAAGUCGUCCUGUCCGGGUCGAUGUCCCUUCCCUGUCCCCCAAGGGCUGUGUUCAGGGCUGUGCCACUGACUGCUGCCCCGUCUUUGCAGGAGCCCGGGAUGAACGGCUCAGCACCGGGGCCGCUGCCGGCGGGGCACCCCGGCGAGUGCGUGUCCAGCGACCCGGCGCAGUUCGUGCUGGUGCCCGCUGUCUACUGUCUGGUGCUGUGCGUGGGGCUGCCGGGCAACCUGGUGGCCUUGCUGGUCUUCCUGCAGAGCGGCAAGGUGAGGAAGGCCAUCCGCAUCUACCUCAUCAACCUCACGUUGGCCGACAUCCUCUUCAACCUCACCCUGCCCCUCUGGAUCCCCUACUAUCUGGCCGGGGGGGACUGGCUGCUCUCGGAGGCUGCCUGCCGCCUGGCCGGGGCCGCCUACUACCUGGCGACCUACAGCGCCGUCACCUUCAUGGCGCUCAUCAGCUUCAACCGGUACUGCGCGGUGCGGGCGACGCGGCGGGAGCUGCCGCUGACGGGGUGCCGGGGGGCCGUGCUGGCCUGUGCCUUGGCCUGGCUCCUGGGGCUGGGCUGCGCCGUGCCCACCUUGGCCGCCCGGCAGACCUUCCCUGCCCGCGCCGGGGCCACCGCCUGCUUCGAGCAGCACGGCCGGCAGCGGGCGUACGCCUAUGCCAUGGUGGGCUUCUUCGCCGUCGCCUUCCUGGUGGUGCUGGGCACCUACGCCUCCAUCGCCCGGGCGCUCUCGGUGCCCGCUGCCGCCUCCUCGCCGGGUUCCCACCGGCAGCAGGCGCGCGCCAUGGUGCUGGGGAUGCUGCUGGUCUUCGUGGUCUGCGUGGCCCCCUACCACCUCACGCUGGCCCCCUGGGUGGGCAGCCGGCCCCCCGUGCCGCUCUGCGGGCCCCCCGCCACCCUGGACGUGCUGCACGCGCUGAGCGUGGCCCUGCUCAGCCUCAACAGCUGCCUCGACCCCCCUCAUCUACUGCUUCUCCAUCCGCCGCUUCCGCGCCGACCUGGGACGGACCCUGCGCAAGAUCGGCCGGUGCCUCCCGCUCUCCCCGCCAGCCCCCACCGGGCCCGUGCCCAGCGUCCGCGCGUCCUCCUUCGCCUCCUCGUAGCGGGGCGGGCACCGGGGUCCUGUGCCCCAGUGCCACGGUCUCGGAGCCUGCGUUGGGGCAGCUCCUGCGCCGGGGGCUGCAGGACCCUGCUCCCCCCCCACCCCGUCCCCUACCCUGCCCACGGGUGGGUGGCCACGGCGGGCACAGCGCAGCCUCCAACGCCGCGCCUGCCACCCACCUUCCCGGCGAGCCCUGGCGUGCGGCGGGGGCGGCGGAGCCGGCACAGGGCCGUGGGCGGCUGCGUGGGCGGAAGAUGGUGUUUUCCCAGCCCUGGCUCAUUCCUGCCGCCACCGCAGCCCCGCUUCCCAGCGCUGCAUGGACGGGAGCAGCGGGCGCUGCGCAGCCGCAUGGGCUCUGGGGCACGUGGCGGGGGCCGGGGUGCAUCAGCUGCCCCCUGA